AAUCUAACAGUCUCUAUCCACUCUUUGCCUAGCUUUAUCGAAUUGUGGUUCUUUAAUGAUACGAAUCGAUUUGAGACAAAAUAGGCAGUGACAUUACGAACACCAGUUUACACAAUGUUAGGCAAACUUCGUUUUUUGGAGCUCAAAACAUUUGUACGAGUAUCGUCUACGAAUAAGGUGUUCACGUGACGGGAACUAGUUUGUUUGUAAUUAGUAGUUGUGAAAGAACUGAGUGGAUUAGAAAGUGUAGUAGUAGCAACACGCCUCUUAUGACGAAGCGUCUGAUAGUCAGAAUGAUAUUAUGUACUCAUAGUCAUAAAAACACAGUUUCUUAUAGAAAAUAGUGUCUUUGCAACAAAAGGAUCUCCUUUUUUAUUUUAAGCAACCUUUCAACAUGGCUGAGAAUGAAGAGACAACCCCUCUUCUUGAAACCGAAAAUCCAGCGGACAGCACGUUUUGGGGAAAGUUGAAGACACCAUACUUCAAAAUGUAUUGCAGUCAUGCUUUGUCAGCUUGGGGAGACCGUAUGUGGACCUUUGCUGUUGGUCUUUACUUAGUUCAACUGUAUCCUUCGUCAUUGCGGGUAACUGCUAUUUUUGGACUUGCAGCUAGUCUGUCAGUCAUCAUCCUUGGAAGCUCUAUUGGUAAUUGGGUAGAUCGCAAUCCACGGUUGAAAGCCGCCAGGAAUUCUCUGAUAGUCCAGAAUAGCAUGAUUGUACUCUGUGCUGUAGGAUUGUGUUUGAUACUUCUAUUUCCGGACUUUGUCAAGUCCACUUGGCAGGGAUGGCUAGACGUGGUGGCCCAGAUUUAUGUCAUCCUCACCGCCGUCCUCGCUCAGGUAGCUUCAGUGGCUAACACCAUCUGUGUAGAGAAAGACUGGGUGCCUGUAAUCGCAGGAGGAAACAACCAACUAUUAACUGAAAUGAAUGCCAUGAUGAGAAGAAUUGACCUGAUAGCCAAACUAUUAGCUCCACUACUCGUUGGUCAGAUUAUGACCUUGUCAUCCAUAAUUGCAGCCAUCUUUUUAGCGGGCUGGAACUUUAUUGGAGUUUUCUUUGAAUAUUGGUUGCUCUGGAGAGUAUAUAAAAGUGUUCCUCAGCUGGCAGUGAAGGCUCCAGCAGAAGUCCCAGCCACAAAUUCGGUCGAGCAUCAACGUUCCGGCUGCUGUUCGUCUGUGAAAAGGCAUUUCCUUGAAUUUUUUGGAGGAUGGAAGAUUUAUUUUUCCCAUGAAGUCUGCCCUGCAGGACUGGGGCUUGCUUUCUUGUUUAUGACUGUCUUAGGUUUUGACAGCAUAACUAUAGGUUAUUGCUACACACAAGGGGUAUCUGAAGCAGUGAUGGGUGGAAUGACUGGAUUAGCUGGCUUUACAGGAGUUAUCGGUACUAUCGCAUAUCCAGCUAUGAGAAAACGUGUGGGUCUAGAAAGAACAGGACUGUUUGGCUUGUUUUCUCAAAUAUGUUGCGCUAGCCUAUGUGUUAUUUCCAUAUGGCUUCCAGGAAGCCCCUUUGAUCCCUUUUUUACCAAGAACUCUACCACCAUCUCUGAUAACGUUACCGAAUUUUACGGAAUAGAAACAUCGACGUCGUAUUUGAAUUCCAAUUCAGUUGACGAAUCUGCCACACAAGAUGAUUUCACAACUCUUGUAGAGACUCUGGAUAUCAGUACAGGUUAUAUGUACACAUCUGUCAUCGUCUUUCUUGCUGGAAUGAUAGCAGCUCGAACAGGAUUGUGGUUAUUGGACAUGACAGUCAACCAGUUUCUUCAAGAAUUAGUAGAAGAAAAAGAGCGUGGAGUGGUCAGUGGUGUCCAGUAUAGCCUCAAUAUGACGAUGGACCUCGUUAAGUUUGUUUUGGUGAUAGCAAUACCAUGGACAGAAACUUUUGGGAUACUGAUUAUCUUAUCUUUUGCUUUCACAUGUGGUGCAUGGAUAUCCUACGCUGUUUUCUCUAAUCGUCGAAGGGGACAUCUUCUUCCUUACGGAGUGUUGAAAGUUUGCAACUUACAAACACUUGAUAGUUCAUUAGACGGACAAAAACGUAAAGCACAUGAAGAAAAACAAGAGUUUUCUUAUCAUUUCAACCCUCUUCAUAACGCAUGACCUAAGGAGUUCCACAGUUGAGAAAACUUUACAUAAUUCACUAAAUUAAAUACUUACACUUCUGAGGAAACCAAAACUUCUCCAUUUUAGCAUAAUUCGUAGGUUCUUUUAUAAAGAAAUUCCCCAUAGAAUCAACUAUAAUAGCGAUAUACAGUAACAAUUUUUUCUUGAGUUGUAAUUUUCUCUAUGUGUAUAUCUAUCUGUUCAGGUCUUUGUACUUAUAGUGCAACGUUGUACAUCUGAAGCUCAAAUGUAACCUAUUUCUAUGUUUACAUAAUUCAUUAAAUAGAUGCGUAUUUCGUGACGGGUCCGUAAAUAAUUCUUCUCUUCUUUCCGUUCCGUAAUGUUUAUUACCGUACCAACGGAAGUAUCGGUAGUAAAACUAUCGAUGUUCCAUUUUAACAGUAAUGUCUUGAUGUUGAUGAUAUAACUAAUAUAAUAUCCUUCACUAACACCAGAAAUUAAACGCAGUUGCUCAAAAUAUAAAGAUUAUGGUUAGAAGUUUAUAGAGGUUAAACGAAAGCACGAGUAUUUGUGACCUGUAGAUGAAAGUGAUAAUUCAUGAUGACAAAUCCGUGUAGUUACGGUGAUGUUUUGUUUUUAUCUGAUAAGCAUCAGAAUUCUAUACACAUUAUAAAAGAAAAUUCAUUUGUAAAUAUCGUUUUUAUGUGAAACAUUUAAUACCAAAAAGUUCUUGAGGUUUAG